GGAAGCAGGAAGGGAGGACGGCGGGGCUGGCGGCUCGCGGCGACUUCGCGGCGGCGGCGGCGCCUCCUCCUCCUCCGUCCGUCCGUCCCUCCCUCCGUGCCGGUGCCCUCCCCGCUCCGCGGGGCCUCUGCUGCGCCGCCCGCCCGGGCCGCGCCGGAUCGCGACGCCCUGCGGCGGGCGGCGGCGGGGCGGGAGCUUCAUCCCCAUCCCGCGAGGAGGAGGAGGAGGCGGCGCUGACGCAGCAGCGUGGAGCCCGGGCGGCCCCGGGAAGAGCCUCCCGUCCUUGGGUCUCGGCCCGUUCGGCCGCCCGCGGGGACAGCGGCGACACGGAUUGGACGUUGAUCCUAUGACGCAUGCCCGGAAGAAACAACUUUUCCUUCUGAAGCACCCAGCUGGUUCUGCUGGCCGAACGUCAUCACCAGCGGGCAGCAGGAGGAUGGACAGGACCGAGUGUGGCGAGCAGAGAGACGGAGGUGCCGCCAAGGCUCCCAGCGGGUUUGUAGGGACGAACAAAAGCAAGGCUUUGCGUGAGGUGCGAAAGACCUACCCGCUGCGGAGACGCCUGCUCCCCUCGGUAAACAAGAAGACCUGCAAAGUGCUCCUCACCAGGCUGGAGGAUGUGGCUGGGUCCCUGUCGAAACAAACCCCGAGCUGUAAAAAGAAGGAUCUUCCCAGUUGGAUGGAGGGUUUGGGACCUGCUUUGUUCUCCGAGCAAGCGGGAGCAGGGAAGAGCGAUUCAGCUGGGGAGAAGCACACAAUAGCUUAUCCAGGGACAGAGCAAGACCUUGAUAGCGCUCCUUCAGAGCCAAGGAAGCGCAGGCUGGCCUCGCUCAAUGCAGAGGCGGUCAACAACCUCCUUUUUGAACGGGAUGAUGGCUUAUUAUCCGGCCGGCGUUGUCGGAGAGACUCUGUUAAAACCGAUGGGGAAUGCACCGUUAAGAGCCUGCAUUGCAAAGCUGGUGACAACUGGCCUGCGCUGGAAAAAACAGCGGUGAAAGCAGGGAAAGGGAAGAAACCACCUGAGCCCAGUCAGAAAUGCAAUAGCUGUGACCAUGCGCUGGAUGAGGUCUUUGAUGAUGGGACUAAGAGGGAGGAUGGGGCCAUCUCUUACCACCCCACCCCAAAGAGACUGGCCAGCCUGAAUGCCGUGGCCUUUCUGAAGCUGACCCAUGAGAAAGACCAACCCGUGAAGCAGAGGAGUAAAUCGGACGGAGAGGGCAAGUCCGAGAACCACUGUUCGAAAUCCACGCUCAAAUGGGCCAAAGCCAGUAGGAAGAAUUGCGUCAAAGCCAAGAAGGAGAUGGCCAGCUUGAAAAUGGAAGGUCAGCGCGACUGGCGAGGGCUUCCUCUAGGGAAAGGCGAGCAGCGGGACUCCUCUCGGCUCUACGGGGCGGUGGAACCCGUCCCCUAUGAGUCUCUGUCUAGCUCCUACGCCAGCACGGAGGGUUUCUACCACAGACUGCCUUUGCUGAUGGGUGGGCAAGCUUCCAUGAAGCCUGAAUAUGGAAGACCUGGAGAGAAAUCCCCGACCCCCAAGCAGGAAUUUCAUCAGCCUUCCUUUCCCGUGCAGCAAUUCCCUCCUUUGCCUGUGCCGGGCAAUCACACGGAUUGUGGAUGUCUCUAUGAAUCCUCGGAUCUGACUCCCUUGAACGGGUUUUACCUUUAUUAUGGCCAAAGUGGAUACCGUGGCUACUCUCCCUGCUCCGUUUACCCCAAGGAUGAGCUGUCGCAGGCGGCUACCUGCGAGGGCCUCUUGGUCUCGCCCAGUUCUUUGCCAUCGGGUGCUCCUUUCCAGCCGCUCCACUGGUGUAACUCUCCGUACUGUUGUGGAGAAGGAACGGCGGUGAACAGUUACAGCGUCUGCAGCAUCGUACACGUGCCGGAGGGCAGGAUUAGCAGCGUGCACGCAGGACGGAACGGCUACCCCUACAAAAUGCCUUUUGCAGCAGAAGGCUGCAAGUCCCUGGACCAGCUGAACCUCACGAUCCCCGUGGCCGGGCACCCCGCGUCGCCUGCCCACCCGCUCUCAGGAUGCCCCGUACCCAGCGUGCCACCAGCUGCAGAACCCGUUCCUCACCUGCAGACCCCCAACUCUGACCCGCAGACUAUGGCCCGGGAAUGUCCACAAAGCUCCAAGCCUCCCAGCGGCUCCAAAUCGGGUCUCCGGAAUACCACGGGCUGUCUCCACGCCUCCGACAGCAAAGCAACGGGAGGUCAUUCCCACCCAAAGCAGCAACGCAUUAGCAGGAGGAGAGCUACCAAUGGCUGGAUUCCGGUCGGCACGGCCUGCGAGAAGGCUGUCUAUGUUGUGAACGAACCGGAGCCAGCUGUUCGCAAGAGCUACCAGGCUGUGGAGAGAGACGGGGAGAUCAUCCGGGUGCGAGACACCGUCCUCUUGAAAUCUGGACCCCGGAAGAAGUCUAUGCCAUACGUUGCGAAGAUAUCGGCGCUGUGGGAAGACCCCAAAACAGGGGAGCUGAUGAUGAGCCUGCUGUGGUACUACAGACCCGAGCACACGCAGGGCGGCCGCAACCCCAGUAUGCACCAGAAUGAGAUCUUUGCAUCCCGGCAUCAGGACGAGAACAGCGUGGCCUGCAUCGAGGAGAAGUGCUACGUGCUGACCUUUGCAGAGUACUGCAGAUUUUGUGCCUUGGCAAAGCGUCGCGUCGAAGGGAUCCCAGGCAGGAAAACCAUCAUGGUUCCUCCGUCAGAAGAGUACUCCACACCUCUGCACCGCAAGGUGCCCGAGGACACUGACCCCGAGCUGGUUUUCCUCUGUCGUCACGUCUACGACUUCCGACACGGGCGCAUCCUGAAGAACCCACAGUAGCACCGCUUCGCAGUCGGACGAGUGGCAACAGAGGAGCCGGUGGUCUGGGACAUCCCUGCACUCGCCACCAUUUCACCUUGUGCUGCUGGCAGGUGAGAGCGCCCAGCGCUCGUUCCUCGGACUGCGAAGUGGAUCCCUGCGGAGCAAGGCAGCGGUUGAAAGCACAGCACUUCGUUAAAUGCAUAAAUGAAAAUAUAUACGUAUAAAAUAAAUAUAUGUAUAUAGAUAUAGGUACGUGCAUAUGUAAAUCUAUAUCUAUAUAUGUAUCUAGAGAUGCAUCUAUGGGGAGGGGAUCGCGGGGAUAAAAGCCAGUAAACUGAAUCCAGAGCCAUCGUUGGUGGGAAUGGUGGGAAGGCGCAGGAGGGGUGCGUUGGGAUGUGUCAAGCUAUGACCGUUCUGUGGUUUCCGUGCCCUGAUGUGAAGGGUGAGGCUCGAGCCCAGUUCCUUGGCAGAGCCUCCUUGAUCCCAUGGGACAGACUGGGAGGAUUCCCGGGAGUCAGAGCUUCUCUGAAAUACAGCUGUGGCUUUGGGAGCUGCCUGGAUGCGGAGUGGCCUUGUAUUGCGCUUGAAUAGGCUUUGCUCCACCAGGAGAAGAGGUGAUCCCGGUUUUCCCUCACCCUCCUCUUCCCCUCUCCUGCUUUCUGCUUUUCACUGCCUGGACUUGGGCUUGGAAAUUCUCUCCAUCGCAGAGCAGAGCAGGAGCCGGCAGGAUCGUAGGCGUCGCACCCAGUGCCGUGUUAGGAAGAGCUGUGCCCCGGCGCAGGUGCCCUGACCUCGCCACGAAGGAUCUCGUGCCCCAGGAGGCCCCGUGCCCGUGGGCACACGUCGCUGUGAAGCGGAUAGCGCACGGAGGGGGCUUUGCGGGCGAGGACAGUGUUCUCUCCUCUGUUCCGAGUGUUGCUCUUCCUCCAAUGGCUUAGGGGGCUGCAGAGAUAGAAGUGGGUUUACUCUUUCUUCCCGGUUUGUUUUCCUGUGGCAUUGUUCACCGCCCCUCAAACCCAGACGUCUUCAGUGGAAAGAGGCAGGAGGGUGAAAUGGCAAACACUUUCUUGAGUGCUUGGGGCUUUUUUCAGUCCCCCCUCCCCAUAUGUGAGCGUCCUGGCGUGGGCGGACCUUGAAGCCAUCAGCGAUGCUGUCCCAGCCUCAUCCCGACCUCAGAGCCAGCUCGCCAAAGUGGCUUUGUGGCUCCUGAAAGGGAGUGAGUGUUGGGAAAGGUUCGUGUCGACCGAUGCGACUCGAGCCCCACAGAUAUUGUUGCCUCUUGCCUUAUGUGUGUAGAUCCUAGACAGAUGCUCGUUUAUCUUCACGCAAGCCAAGUUCGCUCCAAAGCAAACCAAAGGCCAGCGUAACAUCCACUGGGUCGCUCGCACCGAGCUGGGAAUCCGUUCCUAGAUUGCACUGACGGCAAGAAGAACCGGCAUCAUCUCAGCCCACGUUCCUGCUGGCUGAAGUUGCUCAUUGAAACGAGGGAUCUGUGUUUUUCCAGUCUUUUGGGGCUUCGGAACUCGUGUUCAGUGGUAGAAGUAUUCAUCCUGCUUUAAUGUUGUCCUGUCAGUGGAAGCAGCGUGACCUGUUGUUGCGGUGGGACUGGAGGGCUUGUUGGCUUGCUCCGACGGCGGCGUGGUGGGACCAGAGGGCUUUCUCCAACGAGAGAAAACACCACAGCAUCAAAUCUGUGACGCAGAAACAGUUCCUGCAGUUCUCCAGAGCUUCGCUCUCCAUACCAAAGAGGAGAACGUGUCUACAAGACAACUGGAGAGGAGCACCACCACCACGGGCAAACAGGGCACAUGUCUCCGGACGAUUCCUGCUUGGUGUUGCAGAGGAUGUUGGAAAAGCCCUGUUUAUUCCUGCCUGCGUAGCCCAGGGGAGGACACCCAGCUCCAGGAGGUCUGAUCCCAGGUGUGCGCGUGGGAAUUAGCAGGUGAAGCGUUUGAUCUCAUUUAUACCUCAAGCUCCUGUUUGUGUCAAAGCGAUUACUCCGAUUUCUCCUUAACCGUUAGCUCGGGCACUGGAGUCUCUUGGAAUGACACGGUUGGGCUGCCGGUGCGGUGGUGCUGUAGCAGGAUGGGAGUCGGGAGCGUUUCGGUGCUCUCCGUGGAAGUAUCGGAGAGAGCGGUCGCUGCUGAUGGGAGGGACCAUCAGUGGCUCCGCUCCUGAGCAGAGGGGAGGAGGGUGCGGGAGAAGCGGGGCUGAUCCUUCCCAUGGUGAAAGAGGGGAUUUGGGAUCAGAGCUGCUCCUGCCCAUGGUGAAAGAGGGGAUUUGGGAUCAGAGCUGCUCCUGCCCAUGGUGAAAGAGGGGAUUUGGGAUCAGAGCUGCUCCUGCCUAUGGUGAAAGAGGAGAUUUGGGAUCAGAGCUGCUCCUGCCUAUGGUGAAAGAGGAGAUUUGGGAUCACAGCUGCUCCUGCCCAUGGUGAAAGAGGGGAUUUGGGAUCAGAGCUGCUCCUGCCUAUGGUGAAAGAGGAGAUUUGGGAUCAGAGCUGCUCCUGCCCAUGGUGAAAGAGGGGAUUUGGGAUCAGAGCUGCUCCUGCCCAUGGUGAAAGAGGGGAUUUGGGAUCAGAGCUGCUCCUGCUCACUGCAAAAGGAGGUAGGAGAAGUGGGGCUGCUUCUGCUCGUGGCAAAAGGAGGACUGGAGAAGCAGAGCCGCUCUUGCUUUUGGCAAAAGAGGGGAUUGGGAAGCGGGGUGGCUCCUGACCAUGGCAAAAGAGGGGAUUGGGCCUGCGUGGCCGGGGCAGAGCAGCUGGAGGGAGGGGAUCAGAGCAACCCGCAGUGGGGUGAAGGUGACGGGCAGCCCUUGGUGCCCACCCCUGAGGCCCCCAAGCCACCUGCAGCCACCAUCCUCCUGCAGAAGUGCCACCAGACGCAGGAUGCUUGAAGAGCAUCACUGCAGAGUCAGGGAAGGGUACGGAACCCAGCCUUGGAAACCACAGGAACACGCCGAACCCCCUCCCUCUGACCCCUGUCCCCUCGCUCCCACCUUUGUCCUGGCUCCUCUCCAGAGAGGAGCGACGUCGGACUGGGUGCGGAAUGGCCCCUGUCUGGAAAGGACAAAUCCUGCCCCUUCUCCUGGUAGGACCUGCUUCAGGCCAAGACCGUUGUUAAGAUCCAUGUGGUUGCGGAUGCUGUUGUGCAGACAGCAUGUAAAUGAAUGGAAAUGUCUUAUCCAUAAGGAGAAUAUUUCAUGCUUUUUUAAUCUAUUAGAUAUGGAAAUAUUUUUUGAAACUGAAAAAAAAAUGCAGCCGGUAGAAUUUAAAUUGAGACGUUAAGACAUGUAAAAUAUAUUUUAGUUGAUAAUUUUUGUAAAAAUGCACUUUUUUUGUGUCUCUUCCCUGGUUUCCCAGAUCUGUAUUUCAGUGUUUACAGAUGGAAUGAGAACAUUCCCGAUGCCCUCCUCCUGUGAGAAAGAGAUAUUAGAAGUAAUUCUU